AUGCUAGUGCCUACGCCACAGCAAGCUCAUUCGCCCUUUCACAAGCUCUCUCACACACUCUUUCACGCGCUCUCUCACGCACUCUCUCACGCGCUCUCUCACGCACUCCCUCACGCGCUCUCUCACGCGCUCUCUCACGCGCACUCUCAGGCACACUCUCAUUCGCUCUCUCUCGGGCACUCUCACGCGCAUUCUCUCUCUCACGCGCUUUUCCACGCGCUCACUCACGCGCUCUCUCACGCGUACUCUCAUGCUCUCACACGCGCUCCCUCACGCGCUCUCUCACGCGCUCUCUCACGCACACCCUCACGCGCAACCUCACGCGCACCCUUACACGCUCUCUCACGCGCUCUCUCACGUGCACACUCACGCGCUCUCUUACGCGCACACUCAUGCGCUCUAUCACGCGCUCUCUCACGCGCACUCUCUGGCACACUCUCACGCGCAUUCUCUCUCGCGCACUCUCACGCGCAUUCUCUCGCUCACGCGCUCUCUCACGCGCUAUCUCACGCGCUCUCUCAUGCGCUCUCUCACGCACACUCUCACACGCACUCUCACGCUCUAACACGCGCUCUCUCACAUGCUCUCUCAUACGCAACCUCACACGCUCUCUCACGCGCUCUCUCACGCGCUCCCUCACGAGCUCUCUCACGCUCUCUCUCACGCGCACUCUCAGGCACACUCUCACGCGCUCUCUCUCGCGCACUCACGCGCAUUCUCUCUCUCUCGCGCGCUUUUUUACGCGCUCACUCACGCGCUCUCUCACGCGCUCUCUCACGCGCACUCUCAUGCUUUCACACGCGCUCCCUUACGCGCUCUCUCACGCUCUCUCUCAGGCGCACGCGCACACUCACGCGCUCUCUCAUGCGCACUCUCAGGCACAAUCUCUCGCGCAUUCUCUCUCGCGCACUCUCACGCGCAUUCUCUCUCUCACGCGCAUUCUCUCUCUCACGCGCUCUCUCACGCGCUCUCUCACGCGCUCCCUCACGCACACUCUCACGCGCACUCCCACGCUCUAACACGCACUCUCUCACAUGCUCUCUCAUACGCAACCUCACUAGCUCUCUCACGCCCUCUCUCACGCGCUCUUUCACGCGCACCCUCACGCGCACCCUCACGCCACUCUCACGAGCUCUCUCACGCGCUCUCUCAUGCGCUCUCUCACGCGCUCUCUCACGCGCUCUCUCACGCUCUAACACGCGCUCUCUCACAUGCUCUCUCAUACGCAGCCUCACGCGCUCUCUCACGCGCUCUCUCACGCGCUCCCUCACGCGUUCUCUCAUGCGCUCCCUCACGCGCUCAUGCGCUCUCUCACGCCCUCUCCUGCGCUCUCUUACGCGCUCUCUCACGCGUUCUCUCGCGCGCGCUCUCAAGCGCUCUCUCCUGCGCUCUCUCCUUCGCUCUCUCCUGCGCGUUCGCUCCCCCCGUGCUUGCGCUCGUGCACCUGUCGCCGGAGGCGAUCGCGGGUGGGAAGGAGAGGCGACGGCGGGGAGGAGGGAGAGGCGACGGCGGAGAGGAGGGAGAGCCGACGUGGGGAGGAGGGAGAGGCGACGGUGUGGAGGAGGGAGAGGCGUCGGUGGGGAGGAGGGAGAGGCGACGGUGUGGAGGAUUGAGAGGCGACGGCGGAGAGGAGGGAGGGGCGACGGCGGAGAGGAGGGAGAGGCGACGUGGGGUGGAGGGAGAGGCGACGGUGGGGAGGAAAGAGAGGCGACGGUGGGGAGGAGGGAGAGGCGACGGUGUGGAGGAUUGAGAGGCGACGGCGGAGAGGAGGGAGGGGCGACGGCGGAGAGGAGGGAGAGGCGACGGCGGAGAGGAGGGAGAGGCGACGGCGGAGAGGAAGGAGAGGCGACGGCGGAGAGGAGGGAGAGGCGACGGCGGAGAGGAAGGAGAGGCGACGGCGGGGAGGAGGGAGAGGCGACGGUGGAGAGGAAGGAGGGGCGACGGCGGGAGGAGGGAGAGGCGGCGGCGGGAUGGGAGGGUGCAGCGGCGGCAGCUGGGAAGGAGGGAGGGGCGAUGGCGGGAUGGGAGGGAGCGGCGACGGCGGCUAGGAGGGAGAGAGACGCGAUGGCGGGGUGGGAAGGAGCGCGACGGCGGGGUGAGAGGGAGAGGCGACGGAAAGGAGUAAGGGAUAGCUAG